AUGACGUUCUCAGCUGUAGAUGAUACAAAGUUUGGCUUUAGAAUUCCUGCUUGUGCUCAAGUCGGCAAAGUCAAUGAAAGUCGGGAGUACCAAAUGGACUUUAAAUCGGAUGAAUCAUACAUGGCGUCUAGAUUGAAAAACCUCGGCCUAAAUGUUGACCUGGCACCGACUAUAUUAAGUAUGGUCCCCCAAUUCGGAGUCAGUAAAAGUUGGAAGAAUGAUAGCAAUGGCCAAUCUACCAAAACUACAAAGUCAUCAUUGACAGAGUAUCGCAUAGGCAAGAUAAAUAUUGGAAAUUUUGAAUCGGACGAGAUCUCGUUCACCAAAGAUUUCUUGUCUGCUGUUGGAGAAUUACCCGAUCGAGACAUAAAGGAAGAAAAGAACAAACAGGAAUUAAAACAAUUUUUUAAUCGUUUUGGUCAUUUUGUGGUUACCUCGGCUUAUGUUGGUGGAGCAGUUGAAGUAAAAACCUGUGGUGAAAGUUUAGAAAGAACGAAUGAUGAUAAAGAGUCUAUAGAUGGAUCUGCUGGUGCUAAAUGUUAUGGCGUUAUCGGAUUUAAAGCGAGCGGCAAAUACCAACCAUCGACCAAAAGCGCAAAGAAUGCUGUCUUAAACACAACAGAAACACGAUGGCAAGGAGGACGAAGUGACCUUCACACCAAAAGCACACUACAAUCUGAAGAAAAAAUGCUGAUGUGGAAGGCGUCUCUCUCCAAAGAGCCAACCUUAUUGACAACCGAAUUGAGUCUAGAGCCUAUUUCGUCAGUGGUCGCCAUCAUCGAUAAAACGAAAGGAAAAGUUUGCUACCAAGCAUUAUGUAAUCUUUUUCAGGAUAUUGACCUUUACCCCGUUUGUAAUCGGCAGGACAAACUUGCCUUAGACGCAAAAAGUAAAAUGCACGAAGACGAGCAAGAGAAACUUAGGAAAGAAUCGAACUUGAGGAUAAAAUCAACAAAGGACCCUGAUACGGAGGGAUGGUGGGAAACUAUUACUGGGUACGCCGGGUACAUAGUUGGUGGAGUGGUAGUUGUUAUUUUGGCUGGAAUCGUAACUGCUGUAUUUUAUAGACGUUAG